UUCCACCCAGCUCACCUUGUACCCGGCUGUCAGUCUGGGUGCUGCUCUCCCUGGUGUCUUGUCCUUUCCUGGACUGGCCCGGAUCGGCCCGGGUCCUCAGCUCGCCCCCUUCCAUUCAAACUGGACAAGUAAACCCUCGGAACCAGAGAGAAUAACAACACGACCGGCGAUCGAAUAACAGAGAUCCUCCACCAUUAAUCUGCUUCACACACAGUGAAGCCUGCAGGGGGACUAACACGAUUUCCGACCGGCGCCUUCACAAUAAAACCAGCGCGGAUCUACCAGAACCACAGCUGAAGGGCAUAGUGACGAGGUUGUUCUGCAGACAGGGCUUCUAUCUCCAGAUGGGCCAGGAUGGAAGUAUGGACGGGACCAAAGACGACAGCACCAACUCCUCUCUGUUUAACUUAAUUCCUGUGGGUCUGAGAGUCGUGGCCAUCCAGUCAGUCAAGACUGGCCUCUACAUCGCCAUGAAUGGAGAGGGUCACCUCUAUUCCUCGGAACUGUUUACAGCAGAGUGUAAGUUUAAGGAGUCGGUGUUUGAGAACUACUACGUGAUCUACAGCUCUAUGCUCUACAGACAGAAGGAGUCGGGCCGGGCCUGGUUUCUAGGCCUCAAUAAAGAGGGUCAGGCCAUGAAGGGCAACAGGGUCAAAAAGACCAAACCAGCUGCACACUUCCUGCCUAAACCUAUAGAAGUUGCAAUGUACCGUGAGCCUUCACUGCACGAUGUAGGGGAGGCGGUGCCUAAAGUCGCCGGGGGCCCGCCUUCCAAAAGCACAACCAGCGAACCCGUGGUCAUGAACGGUGGCAAACCAGUCAGCAAACCCAACAAGGAGGCGACAUAACCCCGCCUCCAUUUUCUCGCCCUCUUCUGUCUGACCAAAGGCCGGGGAAAAGCCAGAGACUCGCCCCACUGCUGCGCUCUCAAAAAAAUUGAAUAAUUCAAGCAACAUAAGGUAACAAACACAAACAACAACUCAACUUCUGACUGGUCAGCAGUGGGGCCGCACAUCCCGCCUCCCCUCUGUCCCUACUGGUUGGAUCAGGUUGUUGUGGGCCGGGGGGACAGAGCGCUGCGGCUGGUGGGAAGAGGAGGAAGAAGACGGGCCGCUGCCAGCCAGAUAUUUUGGAACUGGGACAGUGGCAUGCCCUCGUAUUAGAGACUUCUUAAAGGAAAAAGAAAAAAAAUCGUCUUCACCGGUAUUUUUCUGUGACAAUCUAUAAGAUGGAGGCCCCUGUUUCCUCCGCUCGCUGCACUGUUUUCUGUUGCCAGGUUUGCUUGCUCACUAGUGGCUUCACAUACUCAACCGCUAGAAUUCGAUCUUUGAGUAAAGCAGAUUAAAAACUUCAGCAAACAUGUGGCAGGGAGAACAAACACUGAUGAUUCGAUUAAGACUUGGCACAGGUCAUUCGGUAGGAAGCUUACAUUGACAUGUACCUGAAAGUGGCACUGUGCAUUACAUACGAGGCAAACGCACUCGUUAACCUGUCUCUGAUUUUCAUCACUCGCAGUAUAUCUCUUAUUUGAGACCACUUAGCUUAAAGCAUGUUUGCCUUUUCAGCGUUCCUUUAUAAUCUCUCUGUUCGGUGGUUUAUUAUCCCGCACACACAAAGCACUAGUGAUUAUCGAGCUACAUUGUUGAACAGACAAAAAAAAUGUAUUUCAGUUUCUACCUCUCUUGUUUUUUUGGUUUAAUUUCUUCUCUCCCUUGAAUGAAUGAUACGAUUUCCGACACAAGUGUAGCUCCGGAGAUGAUGUGUAGCUGAAAGCAGACAGAGCUCCACAAAGUCCCUGUAGCAACACAGAGAUUACAGGGGGCGUGCUGGCGUCCAAGCAGAACGGUAGCAGUGUUUACAUGGAGUAGCAUAUAUGGUUGAGUGGGAUGGGCCAGAACGUGGUGCCUACGUCUGUUUCCUUCCCAAGUACUUGAAAUUACAGGUAGAAAUGAGGGUAAGAGUUGGCAGGGUAAAUGAAGGUGAUAAAGCCACUAUGUGCAGAUACUUUCCAAGAACUUUCAAAUAAGCACUUGAGGGCUUUAGUGGCCCACUUAGGCUAAGUCCACACGAAUACAUGUUCGGUUUAAAAUGGCGAUUUAGAGCUUAGGAACCAAAACAAGGUGCCCAGCACGAAUGCCCAUCAAUCUGAGAGGUCAUACCCGAUUAACAACGAAGGAAAGAUGAAAACAUGACCUCGUUGGGUCUCGUGUAGUAUUUAAAUAUGUCGUUCAUUGAGGAUGUUGCUCUUGUCUUGACAGUUCGUAAAUGUGCAAAGUGCUUUUCAUUUACAAGCUUGUCAUAUUUUUUGUUUUUAAUCUAAAUCCGAAAAAUAAGUACAGCUGUUGGAUACAUGUAGUGGAGUGAAAAGUUCAAUCUGAAAUGGUGACGUGGGAAGUAGCAGAAAAUGAAAAUAGUUAGAUUACAAGUGCCUCAAAAUGUCCUCAAGUUUGAUACUUGAGGGAAAUGUACGUUUCCAACACCGGUCUCAUGUCUCGGCGUCAGUUUAUCUGAGAGGAUCCGAGCAAACUUGUAAUCAGCUGUGAUCACAAGUAAAAUCAUUUUGGAACUGUGAAAAAUAUAAUUCCCCCGUAGCUAGGUGAUCCAUUUAGCAUUUGAAACGGGGCCUAAGUGGAACAGGUCUGACUGGUGGGCCCUGUCAGAUCUGCUCUUCUUUGUUAUUUGUUUGAUUUAAAUUAGUUUAUGCAUGGUCGGGCUUGCCUCUCUGCAGGACCCUGGAUGAUUAUUUGAAUAACGCUGUAAUCGCAUUAAAAGUCUUCACAUAGUGGCUUUAAAUAAGCCUGCACUAUAAAAACUGUUAAUUUAAAAGUAUAGGAAAUGUGUUUCCUGGAGAAAAACCAUUAAAAAAACAAAUAGCUCUCAUUGAUCACAGGGGCAAAAUGUGGGAUUUGUGUGUGCAACGUGAAGCUAGACAGCAGAAAAUCUAAUGAAAUGGAUUCCCAGGCGUCGUCCCUCUCACUGUGACAGUCAACAUGGCAGCAGUCUGUUCUGGACCUGAAUCCUGUUGGACACCCGGGCCUUUCUGUUUACCCCUCGUUCUCUGACAUCCAGUCUAGAUGGCAAUUAACUCCUCAAAAAGUUUCGCCGGUUGUACCACUGAGGAGAUAAUAAUACUGUGAUCCCACACUUCAUCUUAGUGUCAAUGACAAUGAGGCAGACACAUGCUGAUGAAUGUAUUCAGUAUGAAACAAAAACCCAGCGUCUCUUUUGCUUCCAAAUUUCGGGCGGAGUGAAAUAAUCACCGGCGCAACCAGAAGUACAAAGACACAACGAGACAAAGCAGCCGCCCUUGACAAAAAUCAAGGCUGCGCGAUUAAUCCUCCCGAUUGUUCCCGACAUCAAACAAGC